UACCGGAAGAUUCCAGCAAGCGAGAAGAGAGUCAACAUGGCAGCUUGCAUGAGAAUGUGGCGCUCCUGCGGGAGCAGCUGCCGAAACGGAGCCCACCUGCUGAAAAACAAGCAUUGGGCCGCCACGCCGCUGCCAGCGGGAGAGCUGAACAGCGCCAAGGCGGCGGUCUCGAAACGCGUGUAUUCUGUAAGCGGGACCCUCCGUGCCGCAUCCUUAUGCAAUAGCACCUCGGGUAUUGCAAUGACAGCUGUGGGGCGCACGUCGCAUCUGCGCCAAUGGGGGCGAGUAGCCAGCGUGUGUAAAGGGGAUUUCUUGGUUUCUCCUGCGGAUCUCGUUCACUGCAAUCAGAGGAGGUACCUGCGGGAUUUUGGGAACAGAAACAGCGGAGGCAGUGCUUUCUCCGGGGACGAUGGUGCGGAGAGCGGCGGAUCGAGCGGAGGGGAGGAGGGGGGAGACGGAGGCGAAGGGGCGGCUCAGUCAAUGACAGCCCUCACCACUAUGUUGGUGCCGGAGGUGUUCCCGAACGUACCGCUCAUCGCUGUCACCAGGAAUCCCGUUUUCCCGAGGUUCAUCAAAAUAAUUGAGGUGAAGAACAAGCAGCUGAUGGAGGUGCUGAGAAGGAAGGUGCGCCUCGCUCAGCCCUACGCUGGAGUGUUCCUGAGGAAAGAUGACAGUAACGAAUCGGACGUGGUGGAAAGCCUGGAGGACGUUUAUCGCACAGGAACGUUCGUGCAGAUCCACGAAAUGCAGGACCUGGGGGACAAGCUGCGCAUGAUCGUGAUGGGACAUCGCAGGAUUCAGAUCAAUAAGCAGCUGGAGGUGGAGUCUGAGGAGCCGGAGCAGGAAGCAGAGGAGGGCAAGCAGAAGGCGCGCAGGAAGCCCAAACGCCCCAAGAAGGAAGCCCUGGCUGGGGAGGGCAUGGAGGAGCGUGUCCAGCAGGUGGAGCUGCUCAUCGAGCCCCUCGCUGUCCCCCCCAACGCUUCGGAGGUGCUGAUGGUGGAGGUGGAGAACGUGGUACAUGAGGACUUCCAGGUCACCGAAGAGGUCAAGGCGCUGACUGCAGAAAUAGUCAAGACUAUCCGUGACAUCAUUGCUUUAAAUCCGCUCUACAGAGAAUCAGUGCUUCAGAUGAUGCAGGCUGGCCACAGAGUUGUGGACAACCCCAUCUAUCUGAGCGACAUGGGGGCCGCCUUGACAGGAGCAGAGUCCCACGAGUUACAGGAUGUGCUGGAAGAAACCAAUAUUCCUAAGAGGCUGUACAAGGCUUUGUCUCUGCUGAAGAAGGAGUUUGAGCUGAGCAAGCUUCAGCAGCGCCUGGGCAGGGAGGUGGAGGAGAAGAUCAAGCUGACGCACAGGAAGUACCUCCUGCAGGAGCAGCUGAAGAUCAUCAAGAAGGAGCUGGGUCUGGAGAAGGAGGACAAGGACGCCAUCGAGGAGAAGUUCCGCGAGAGGCUGAAGGAGCGCGUGGUGCCCCGGCACAUCAUGGAGGUGAUCGAAGAGGAGCUCAACAAGCUGAGCCUGCUGGACAACCACUCCUCCGAGUUCAGCGUGACCCGGAACUACUUGGACUGGCUGACCUCGAUGCCCUGGGGGAAGUACAGCGAGGAGAACCUGGAGCUGACGCGGGCGCACGAAGUCCUGGAGGAGGAUCAUUAUGGGAUGGAGGAAGUCAAAAAACGCAUACUGGAAUUCAUAGCGGUGAGCCAGCUGCGGGGGUCCACCCAGGGGAAGAUCCUGUGUUUCUACGGCCCUCCUGGAGUCGGCAAAACCAGCAUCGCCAGGUCCAUCGCCAGGGCCCUGAACCGGGAGUACUUCCGCUUCAGCGUGGGCGGCAUGACGGACGUGGCCGAGAUUAAAGGACACCGGAGAACCUAUGUGGGAGCCAUGCCAGGGAAAAUAAUUCAGUGCCUCAAGAAGACCAAGACUGAGAACCCCUUGGUCCUGAUCGACGAGGUUGAUAAAAUAGGCCGGGGUUACCAAGGCGACCCCUCCUCGGCCCUUCUGGAGCUGCUGGAUCCCGAACAGAACUCCAACUUCCUGGAUCAUUACCUGGAUGUGCCUGUGGAUUUAUCCAAGGUGCUGUUUAUCUGCACUGCCAAUGUGACUGACACCAUUCCCGAGCCCCUGAGGGACCGGAUGGAGAUGAUCAACGUUUCGGGAUACGUGGCUCAGGAGAAACUGGCCAUCGCAGAGCGGUACCUGGUCCCUCAGUUGAGGACGCUGUGCGGCCUGGACGAGGAGAAGACGAGCAUCACCCCGGAGGCUCUCGCUGUCCUGAUCAAGCAGUACUGCCGGGAGAGCGGGGUCAGGAACCUGCAGAAACAAGUGGAGAAGGUGUUCCGGAAGUCUGCCUACCGCAUUGUGAAAGGGGAAGCCUCCUCUGUGCAGGUGACGGCCGACAACCUGGCGGACUUCGUGGGGAAGCCCAUCUUCACUGUGGACAGGAUGUAUGACAUCACUCCCCCGGGGGUGGUCAUGGGCUUAGCCUGGACUGCCAUGGGCGGCUCAACGCUGUUCAUCGAGACCUCGCUGCGCAGGCCAAGGAACAGGAAGGACCCGGAAGGGGCGAAAGAGGGCUCCCUGGAGCUGACGGGCCAGCUGGGGGACGUGAUGAAAGAGAGCGCCAAGAUCGCCUUCACCUUCGCCAGGGCGUUCCUCAUGCAGGAGCAGCCCGACAACGACGUCCUGGUGUCCUCCCACAUACACCUGCACGUGCCAGAGGGCGCUACCCCGAAGGACGGCCCCAGCGCAGGCUGCACCAUCGUCACCGCUCUGCUCUCCCUGGCUAUGAACACGCCGGCCCGGCAAAACGUGGCCAUGACAGGAGAGGUGUCCUUGACAGGGAAGAUCCUCCCUGUCGGGGGCAUCAAGGAGAAAACCAUCGCGGCCAGGCGAGCAGGAGUGACCUGCAUCCUCCUGCCAGCAGAGAACCAGAAGGAUUUCUCGGACCUGCCUGCCUUCAUCACGGAGGGCCUGGAGGUACACUUCGUGGAGCACUACAGUGAGACCUUCAACAUCGUCUUCCCCAAACAGUGACCAGUGACAGGUUGAGCGGUUUUGCGUUGGGGGAUCAUUGGCGUUCAGUUAGUGAUGGUUUUCCAUAUAGACCGCGAUCACAAAUCCAAAUUAGACAAGUACCUGUGGUCUAGGUGAGGGGUCUCCAACCCUCAUCCAGGAGAGCUACAGGGUCUUCUGGCUUUUUGUUUCAACUGAGCGCCAAUUAUUGGUUUAAUUAGUCCAGAUGUUUAGCCAUUGAUGACAUCUGUAAAACCUGCAGGAUCGGGGCUCUCCAGGACCAGAGUUGGAGACCCUGCAGUAAAUGGAUCUUACAAAAUAAAUGGCACUUGUUCUGUGUGAUCAUGCGCUCCCACCAAAGGUCCCCCUUAUACUUCCCAGGGUUGAAUUGACAAGCAGACUGCCUCAGGUCACUUCUAGACCCGCAUUCUAAGUAAAUGGAAAAACAAACACUAAAUGAACUGGAGCGAUACCCCAAAGCUAACGGCUGCAACUGGGAAAUAAAAAAAAAAAAAGUUGACUGGAAAAGAUCUGCUUUCCUCCCGGAGAAGAUAACAGAUCUCCGGAUUCUGAGGAAAAGGACGGAGUUGCUGGAGAAUACAAGGGUCAUUGACUAUUGCUGCUAAGCAGCCCCGACCUUAUGAGUCACUUCUGUGUUUAAAGUUAUUCACUUUUGUACAAAACCGUUGUCUCACAUUGUUUCCUUUUAAUAAUGCUUAUUAUCCAUCUAUUAAAAUAUUUAACAUAUGAA